AUGAAUCUAUGGAAUAAAGCUGCUCUGUUAAAGCAACUUUGGGCGUUAUUGUUUAAGCAGGACAAGCUAUGGGUGCGCUGGGUACAUGCUUACUAUAUCAAGAGAGGAUCCAUUGAGAGUGUUACUGUCAAGAGUAACACUUCUUGGUUAUUGAGGAAAAUUUUAGACACUAGAGAGCUGCUGAGGGAUAUUGGUGGCUGGGAAGUGGUGAGUAGUUUACAGAAAUUCAGUAUAAAAAGAACUUAUAAACUGAUGCAGGAUAACUUUGAGAAAGUGAGCUGGAGAAGACUUACUUGUAACAAUCAAGCUACGCCUAAAAGCAAAUUUAUUUUAUGGUUGGCCCUAUUGAACAGAUUAGCAACUGUAGAUAGAGUGAGCAAAUGGAACAGAGAAUGUAGUACACUUUGCAAGAUGUGUGGAAUCCAAAAUGAAAGUGUGCAACAUCUAUUUUUUGAUUGUGAUUACAGCAAGUCAGUUUGGAGUGCUGCUCUACAAGUGAUUGGGAUGUCUCCUGAGAGCACUGCUGGGGGUGAAUUAAGGAAGGCUGUGCAGAAAGCUAGAAGUAAGAGAAGUAAAAACAGAUUGUAUGUGAUGCUUUGUACUGAGUGUCUGUAUGCUAUUUGGAUCCAGAGGAACUGUAAACACUUUAAGGGUAUUCUUCUAAGUCCAAUUGCUGUAGUUAAGGAAGUCUUGUUUAAAGUAGCUUGCAAUUGUAAUGAAAAUGAUAGGCAUAGGCUACUGUUGACUUAG